AUGCGGUUCUGGAAGUCACAGAAAAGGCUACGACACAAGAAAUACGCAACGCCUACAAGCGGCAAGUCUUCCCAAGUCCCUCCGCGCCUCGAAUCGCUUUGCAAAAGCAGCAACACCCCAGCUAACAAUCUGCUGCUCCCCAGCGCCGCGUUGAAAACCCACCCAGACCGUGUCCCAGCCGACUCCCCAGAGCGCGACGCCCGCACCCGCAGGUUCCAACUCGUCAACGACGCCUACUACACCCUCUCCGAUGCCACCCGCCGCAGAGACUACGACGCCCAGCGCAAGCUCUUCCCGCCUUCAGCCGCGGAAGCGAACCCCUUCGAAGAAGCCGACGAGGAGAUUCCACAUCAGCCGGGAGCUACCGCCCAGGGCGCAUACUCGUGGGCUUGGAACUUCUUCAACAGCCAUGCCGCCGGGACCGCGAACACCGCCGAGCGGGAGCGGACGGAAGAUGCCCAGUUCAGCGACGUUUUCGAGGAGAUGAUGCGGGAAGAGGGCAUGGCGGAGGAGGGGUCGAGUGCGCCGACGAGCAAGUUCUGGAGUUUGAUUGGGGGCCUCAGCGGCGCUGCGUUGGGCUUCAUCAUCGCCAACUUCCCGGGCAUGUUGGCCGGUGCGGUGGCGGGGAACAGGCUUGGGGCGGUGAGGGACGCCAAGGGAAAGAGUGUAUAUGAGGUGUAUUCGGUAAGCUUGCGCUUGACGGCUUUGAUGGUGAGAUGUGCUGAUUGA